UGGGGGACCAAUGAGAGCGUGGCCCUGGCCUGACGAGCGCCAAGCGACCCAAUCGCAGGCCUGGAAUGGGUGGAGCGCUCGGGCGCCUGUGUGCGUUUACGGCGGGGGCGUGGCCCGGCCGAGGCUUAGCCAGACUGCGCGGCCGGACGCCGGCGCCAUGGAGGAGUACGCUCGGGAGCCUUGCCCCUGGCGAAUUGUGGACGAUUGCGGAGGAGCCUUCACUAUGGGUGUCAUCGGCGGUGGAGUCUUCCAGGCCAUCAAGGGCUUCCGCAAUGCCCCUGUCGCCUGGCUCCAGGAUCUGUGGUUUGGGAAGAACUGCAAAUAUGGCCCUGUGUCCUUCGCCCCCACCACCCAACUGGGGCUCCUCUGUGGAAAUACCGUGCUGUCAAAACGAUCCCAAAUCCUCAAUGGAAUUCGGCACCGACUGAGAGGUAGUGCCAACGCUGUGAGGAUCCGAGCCCCCCAGAUUGGAGGUAGCUUCGCGGUGUGGGGGGGCCUGUUCUCCACCAUCGACUGCGGCCUGGUGCGCCUGCGGGGCAAGGAAGACCCCUGGAACUCCAUCACCAGCGGAGCAUUGACCGGGGCCGUGCUGGCGGCCCGCAGUGAGUGCCCCAGCCCCUGGCCCCCAGCCCCAGCCCCUUCCUCCCUGUUCUGCCUGCCCUCACCUCUUUCUCCCUGCCUCUUCACUCUCCCAGGUGGCCCAUUGGCCAUGGUGGGCUCAGCAAUGAUGGGGGGUAUUCUCUUGGCCCUCAUAGAGGGCGUUGGCAUCCUCCUUACUCGCUACACUGCCCAGCAGUUCCGCAACGCACCCCCAUUCCUGGAGGACCCCAGCCAGCUGCCCCCUAAGGAGGGUACCCCAGCCCCAGGCUAUCCCAGCUAUCAGCAGUACCACUGAGGAAGUGACUGCCUAUCAUCACCACCGUGGGAGCCCCUCCUCCGUUCCCUCCCCGAUGAUCUACCUCGAAGGGAGGGCUGGCUCCCAGUUGGCCCUGGGACCCUCCAGAGAGGGCCUCUACUCUGCUCCCUUGUCCCAGGGUGGGGGGUGGGGCACCCCAGCUGCCCUAACGGAUGGGUCCCCUUCUCAGGGCACCCCAACCCCAAGUUCACAUGUAACAAGUUCUCACCCCAGCCCCUUUUCCUGGUGCCCUGAUGAGUAUUUAAAGCCAGUUUUGAAAUGCC